AUGUCUGAACGGUGGAAACUGGGCGCGUGGACGGACUCUACAAUUUUACCUGUGUUUGUUCAAGCGCAUUCAUUGGGAAGCGUUGUGAAGGUGUAUUGUGACAUGUCCUCUAAUGGUGGUGGUUGGACUCUCAUCUCACGUUUCUCAAAUGCUGAGAGUGCAAACUGGAUGCAGUCUAGCGGCAGCUGGUGGUAUGACCGCACAUCUUCAUACGGCAGCGUUACCAGUCCAUCAAAUAACUACGACAUGAUAUCACCGGCAUUCUGGCUUGUCACUGGCAACUACAUCAAAAUAACCCGGAGUGAUGACAGCUCUAACACAGCCUUGUUAUACACCAGCAGCUGUACUGGCGGGAAAACCUUCAGAAGCUUUAUAACAAGUUACGGAAACUUUCGGUCUGGUGCUGUUUGGAACAGUAACGCAUGUCGUAGAAGCUGUUACAUCUCCGGUUAUGGUGGCAGCUACUCAUCCACAGUGGGUUUCAGUCAAAUGCACUGCAGCAGCAAUCUUCAGAGUAGACGUUACCUGUCAUUCUGGUGUGACUGGAGCAGUGGUGACGGAGCCGUGAUGAUGAUUGGUGGAGGAGGUGAUUACUGCAAGAGGGCAGAUCAUGGGAUUGGUAUCACAGAAGCUGGUGCGGCCCGUUUCGGCACAGGGAACUGCGAUGGAGACUUUGGUGAUAACUGCAACUAUCCUACGAGUUAUUCUCUCAAUCUGUGGAUUAAGUAGUUUAUGUUGGGGAUAUAUUGUGCUUUCUAUACGUUCGAAAACGCUAAGGAAUCUUUUGCAACCAUAUUUUGAAAUGUAGCCAUAAGGGAUAUUUUAAGGCAAUAUUUUAUUAUCAUAUUAUCAUACGAAAGAUAAUCAAACAAACUAAUCUUUAAAAACGUCGUCCAGACGUUGGUACACGUAGCAAAUUCUUCUGAUUAAUCAUUAGAAGUCAGUUGAAAGCGACAGCUGAGUCUGUGUUAUCUUCCGUUGGUGGUAUUUCGAACUUUUCUCGGUAUGAUAUUUGGGCAUUUUUUAAGGCUAGUGAUUACUAGUUAUUUCCAGUGAUGGGAAUAUUUUACUAGAAAAUAAGGCAUCGGGCGUUAAACCUUAUAAAUGCUGCAAUUUCUUAGUUUUCUGAUUAUUUUGAAGAUCUAUAAAAACAGACGUCUUAACGUAUUUGUAAAUCUGCAUGGGGAUUCAUUUCUGAUCUCUAGUUCGACUUCUCUAGUAAUCUCACAUAUAUCUCCAGAACGGUUUACUUUAAGCAUUUUGUGAUCUCGCUCUUUUCACACAAAAUACCCUUCUUAGUUCAGUUACGUUUCUUAUCGAUCUGGGAAGUCAAGGACUGUAGUUUGUUGAAGAUCCAAUGCAUUUACAUUGCUUCCCUGUAAUUCAUGUAUUUCAGAUGCACCUGUUAUCAAAGCAGCCAGCUCAAUAUAAUUUACAGUUUUAUUUUUGUUGUUUAGCUAGAAGUCUCUGGACAGUUAAAAUUAUUUUUCGAAACUCUUUGAAUGUCAUUUCUCUUAAGUCUCCCUCUAGAGAACAGUAAUAAAUCUUUACGAUGCCAAAGA